AUGGAACAUUCACACUCCCAGCAGCAACGAAGAUCCAGCAUGAUCCCUGUUUCUCCUUCUUCUCUUCACUCCCUGCGGACAAGAAGCUUCAAAGAGCCGUCAGUUCCAUCAGAGGCGAACUCGAACAAUAACAGUAAGAAUGAUAAGGGGGUAAAUGUGCAGGUCAUUCUCCGUUGCAGGCCGUUGAAUGAAGAUGAGAAGCAUUUGGUAUCUCAUGCAGUGAUUUCUUGCAAUGUGAAGAAGGGAUUAGUGUCUUUGGUCCAGAAUACAGCUCACAAGCAGAUAGAUAAGAGCUAUCAGUUUGACAAGGUGUUUGGUCCUACAUGCGAGCAGACGGAUUUGUUUGAUUCAGCUGUGACUCCAAUUGUGAAUGAAGUUCUCGAGGGUUACAAUUGUACCAUUUUCGCUUAUGGACAGACUGGAACUGGUAAAACUUACACAAUGGAAGGAGGGAUGGUGUCCGAGGAUGGGGAGUUUCCUAGUGAUGCUGGUAUCAUUCCACGAGCUGUUCAACAAAUAUUUGAGGUUCUGGAAGCCAGAAGUGAAGACUACAGCAUGAAAGUGACGUUUCUGGAGCUUUACAAUGAGGAGAUAAUGGACCUGCUGGCGGACUCUGAUGAAAGUGUUACUGCUAGCGUGGAUGAGAAACUGAAGAAGCCAAUAGCCCUCUUGGAAGAUGGCAAGGGAGGCGUUUUCAUAAGAGGGUUAGAGCAGGAAUUGGUCUCUUCUGCUAAAGAAAUAUACAAGAUCUUGGAGAAAGGCUCUGCCAAGAGGCAGACUGCUGCAACACUGCUUAACAAAACCAGCAGUCGUUCUCACACCAUAUUCUCGAUUACGAUUUACAUCAAGGAGGAAGGUUCUUCAGUUGGCGAGGAGCUUGUGAAGUGUGGGAAACUUAAUCUUGUUGAUCUUGCUGGGUCUGAGAAUAUCUCGCGCUCUGGAGCAAAAGAGGAACGAGCGAGGGAAGCUGGAGAGAUCAACAAAAGCUUGUUAACGCUAGGCCGCGUAAUCAAUGCAUUGGUUGACCAUUCUGGGCAUGUUCCAUACAGGGACAGUAAAUUGACAAGGUUGCUAAGGGAUUCACUAGGUGGGAAGACAAAGACGUGCAUAAUUGCCACAAUAUCACCAUCUGUGAAUCAGAGGACAAUAAAAGCUGAGCUGCUCAAGGAUCUUUACUCUGAGAUAGAUCGUCUUAGGCAAGAACUAUAUGCUGCUAGAGAGAAGAAUGGCAUGUAUGUACCAGUUAAUCGUUACCUGGCUGAAGAAGCUGAGAUGAAGGCGAUGGUUGAGAAAGUUGAGAAUUUGGAACUAGAAUUAGAAAUCAAAGACAAGAGCCUUUAUGAUGAUCAGCAGCUUCAGACAGCUGAACUAAGAGAAAAACUUCAAAAGACACAGAAAGAACUUCAAGAAUCACACAAUACUAUACUUGAAAUGGAUGCUAGACAAAAAAAGGCAAACGCAACAAUAAUAGAGAAAGAGUACUUGAUUUCUAAUCUCCUUCAAUCUGAGAAAGCGCUUAUGGAUCAAGCUUUGACGCUACGGGAGGAGCUGGAUGGUGCAGCUAAAGAGGCGUCAACUUUCUUCGGGCAAAUUGAAGAACAAGCCAAAGUAGGAGAAGCAAACAGACUUCUUCUCCAGAACUUUCAAACUCAGCUCGGUCAAGAGCUUGACGGUUUGCACGCAAUAGUUUCAAGCGCCACUGCAAAGCAGGAGCAACAGCUAAAAUCAAUAGAGAAAGACUUCAGCUUAUUCGUAGCUGAUAAAGAAUCGGGUACUGAAGGACUUCUAUCAGAAGUUGUGAAUUUCAAUGGCAGUUAUGGCAGUAGCAUCAAGUCAUUGGAAAACAUAGCUGGGGAACUCGACGAGGGUUACCAGCAAGCAUUCUCCAAUGUAACUUCGGAAGUCGUAGAAGAAAAGUUUAUGGAAAUACAUGGCAUCCUCAAAGUCGUACAAACUGAGUUGUUUACAGAAGAGGAAAAACUUGCCAAAUAUGCACAGCAGCUUCAUGAGACUCAUUCCAAGACAUUGCAAAUGACCAAAUCAAUGACUGAAGCUAUGACAAGCUUUACUUCGAAAUUAGGCAUCCAUGCUUCGAACCUGUCUCGAAUAGCAGAAGAGACCCAAUUAACUACUGGUAGAAAGCUAUAUGAGCUCGAGAAGGAGUUUGAGGUAAGUGCCGCUUUGGAGAAGGACCUGAUGUUGGAGAAAAUAGCAGAGAUGUUGGAUAGUUCAAAUGCUCGGAAGAAAAAGCAGGUUCAAACAUCAAUUAGUAGCCUUCUGGAAAGCAUGGGUACAGGGAACUGCAACUUACAGCUUGAGCUCUCGAGCCUGGACAAUGUUGCUUCUUCUGUCAACUGUGAAUGGAGAGAUCACUUGGAGACAGCAGAGGCUAAAUAUGCUGAAGUUGUGAGUUCAGUGACAAAUGGGAAAGUUGACUUGGAAGCACACCUUCAUCAAUGCCUAGCAAAAGCAAGAAGCGGAGCCACAAAGUGCAAAGACGCAUACGAAUCGAUUCUUGAUCAGCAGAAGAGAAGCAUAGAUUCUGUUUUUGCCAUUGCCGGGGAUGGAGUAGAAACCAACCAUGAGACCUUCGAAAAGCUUACAUCAAUAGCUACUUCUACACUUAAACAAUCUGACAUUGCAAACCAGUCUCUCAUACGCACCAUCUCAAGUCUACUGAAACUGGACCAUGAAGCAGAAAACAACAUGAAGAUGAUCGUUGCUCCUUCUAUCAAGGAUAUGAAGAACCUUGAUGGAGAUCACCAAGACGGAGUGCACAAGAUCAAUGAAAAUGCAGGGCAAUGCCUAGUUAGUGAAUACAAGGUUGAUGACACGUGCACCUCACUCACAAAGGCAAAAUACAGCAUACCAAGCAGUACAACCAUUGAGGAGCUGAGAACACCAGACUUUGAAGUAUUAUUAAGUGCUUUAAACUCUGGGGAUUCGGCAGCAGAACAUGACUUCGAUGAAUCAAAGACAUCGCUAGUUUCUCAGGAUUCUGAAGACAACAUUUUGUGUCCUUCGCCAAGAGCUGCCCUCAUAGCCAUCAAUUGA